AUGAAGAUACAAUGCGAAGUGUGCGAAAAGGCAGAAGCAGAAGUACUUUGCUGUUCAGAUGAAGCUGUUCUUUGCAAGCCAUGUGAUGUUAAGGUCCAUGAAGCUAACAAGCUUUUCCAAAGGCAUCACCGAGUCAAUAUACAAAAAAAUGCUCUAGCCACAUCUCCUCUCUGUGAUAUCUGCCAGGAGAGAAAAGGAUACUUCUUCUGCUUAGAGGACAGAGCAAUGCUAUGCAAUGAAUGUGAUGGAGCCAUCCACACUUGCAAUUCCCACCAAAGGUUCCUACUUUCUGGAGUCCAAGCUUCUGAUCAGUCUUUGACUGAAAACUCUGGAUGCAGCACAAGUUUUAGCUCUGAAACUUACCAGAUUCAGUCAAAAGUUUCUCUGAAUAGUCAGUUCUCAAGUGAGGAAACUGAAGCAGGACACUCGGGUGAGGCAGACAGGUUCCCUUCUGUCAUCUUGAGUCCGUAG